GCGUAAUUCGUUCACAUUACCUUACGUGUGCCGAUUGACUUUUGGGGGUCUUGUUUUUUCGUCAUUUAGAGGAGAAAAUAAGGGGAGAGAAUAUGAUACACGUGCCCUAAAAAAUAAGAGACAUUGACAUUUGUUUUAAAAAUGAUGCGUCUUAAUUAUCACGGCUUUAUGAGAGUAUCAACAAACAAAAUGCUGCUGCCGUCGGAUUUUGAAUGGCAGAUGAAGAAAGCGUAAGGCCAACACACGGUGACAAGGAGUGAAAAAAGUGGAACUCCCUCAUCAAAAUAUAAGAAAAAGAGGGGGGGGGGGUAUUAGAGAGAUGUUCCCCCCUUCUUUUAUGCCGAAAAUAACCAUUCCUUUCACAUCUUUUUUAUUAUUUGCUUUUUCCUUUCGUACCUAUCACAAAAAAAGAAAGAAUGCUUUUAAAAGAACAAAACGGUUUACACCAAGCUUUUCAAUUUUUAUUUAGUAGAAAAACUAAAACCACUCCAGAAAUAUCACCAUUUACGAGUAGAUCAAAUUCAAAUAUCACCAUCAAUAGUUUAUUAUCACCAACACCCACUCCUUCUACAUCUAUUACAUAUUCGGAAAAAGAAGAACCUUGGCGACUAUUAGACGAUGGACAUAUCCAUCAUGAUUAUUUCUUUAUGGAUAGACAAGACUUGUACACAAUGAACGACAUCAUAGAAAGAGAUUCUUAUGGCUUCAAAAGACCUACACAAUGGGUUCAGAUAAAGCAUUUACAUCAAUUUGAUACAUAUUACCAGCCUAUUCUAGAUAAACAACAAUUAAAUUGGAACAGCAUGUUGAACCAAUGCCAGGGAGUUUACCCGCCUGCAAAUAGUAUAACUCUAAGAACCAAUGUUCGAAAAGGUAUUCCCAGCCAAUAUCGAGGAAUGGCUUGGAUGCAUUAUAGUGGUGCAAAGAGCAAAAUGGACGACAAUCCUGAAUUAUAUGAAUCAUUAGUAAAUACGGCCAUUUCAAUGGGGGAUCAUAACGAAUUUGCAGAAAUCAUUCAAAGAGAUCUUCACCGCACCUUUCCAGACAAUUCAAAAUUUGCCUGUGGUUAUUUUACACAACGAGAUGGCUCAAUAUCAAUGGAACCGCCUGAAACUAAUACCAAACUUUCGGCUCUUCGACGCAUUUUAUUGGCCUUUAGUAUUCACUCACCACAAAUCGGAUAUUGCCAAUCACUCAACUAUUUAGCUGGAUUUUUUCUGUUAUUUGUCGAAAAGGAAGAGGAGGCGUUUUGGAUGAUGGUAGCUACCGUGCAUGAUUACAUGCCUGAAAAUAUGUAUGACGUGACAAUGGAAGGUGCGAACAUAGAUCAAUCAGUUUUGAUGUUACUGUUGCAGGAACGAUUGCCAAAAGACGUCUGGGCAAAGAUCAACAACAAUGAAAAUGGAUCUCCACCUAUUACGUUAGUCACCAGUCAUUGGUUCCUUACCAUGUUUAUCAAUAUAUUACCGGUCGAGACUGUACUUCGUAUUUGGGAUUGCUUUUUCAUGUAAUUUAAUUUCUGAUGGUAUGAUAAAUCUACAGUGCUAACUUUAUAUAACAGUGAGGGAUAUAGUGUCAUAUUUCAGGUAGCUUUAACAAUUAUCCAUAUGAAUAAAGAUGGGAUAAGUAAGUUACAUGAUCCCAUUGAAAUAUUUCAAAUCCUUCAAAACAUGCCCAGGCGAUUGAUCGAUUGUCCCACAUUUAUGGAUUAUAUAUUUUCAGAUCAAAAUGCCUUCGCUCAAAUUGAUCAGACCCAAAUUGAAGAAAAGAGAAGUAUAUUAAGAGCCAGAAAAAACAGUUGUUGAUCGACUGUAUAUAUAUAUAUAUCAACUGUAAAAAAAAAAAUAAGAAUAAAUAAAA